AUGGAAGACAGCCAGCAUAAAGUCCCUAUAGGCGUUGCUCAGAGCAGUAAAUUACCAUUAAGCAUCAAAUUUUCUGAAGAUGCUUUGGAUAAAAAAUCUGUAGGACCUCAAAAACAUUACGCAAUAGUGUGA